AAACCAGACAUAAAAAAAUUAGAUAAAAAAACGACAGACAUUGUCAUUUCAAAGGGAUAUAUCUGCAGCUGACAUAUUCUUUAUAUUACAAGAAAAAUUGGAACGAAAAUUGACGAAAAAUACCGAAAAUCUAAUGGCAAGUGUCUGCUGAAAAAGGAGAAUUUAAAAAAGAAAAAGAAAAAAUAGAAGAAGAAGAAGAAGAAAAAUACUUGGUGGUGCUUGAUGGCACACAAGUCUUGAUCGGUCAAGCCAGUCAAGCCAGUCAAGCAUUGUCAAGCAAUGAACAUAGUCAACCUCCUCACUCAAUACUAAAAAAAGAUUAUCAAAUAGAAAAGCGUUAUGAGUACGUGUUCCUUUUGUAAGGAAAAAUUUUUAAUUUCAUCAGACAGAACAAGAAGCUAGCAAAUAAUUAUUAUUUGUAUUUUAUUACAUUGGCUUUUUAUUUUUUGGUCAUUUUGAGGAAAUAAAAAAAAACGAAGAAAUUAAAUUAAAUAAAAAUGGGAACUAAAGGUAAUUUUUCACCUGGAAAUACUCAAACAAUUGAUUUGAAAGUUGAAGGAGGUGUGAGCCCAAAAAAAUUUGAUCCAUUUGACAGUCGGAUCGUUAAAAAUCCAACAACGAACUUUGAUACACUUGUUCACUUGCUAAAAGCUGUAUUUGGAACUGGUAUUCUUUCAAUGCCAUUUGCAUUUCGUCAAUCUGGAAUACUUCUUGGUGGCUUAACAGCAAUCAUCAUUGGAAUUAUCAGCACUCACUGUGCUUACAUUUUGGUAAAAUGUGCACAUAUAUUAUACUACAAAGUUGAAAAAACAACAAUGAGUUUUCCGGAAGUUGCAGAACAAGCUCUAUCAAUUGGACCAAAGCCACUUCAAAAAUAUUCCAAAAUUGGAAGAUAUAUUGUUGAGAUAACAUUAUUCGUUGCAUAUUUUGGUACAUGCAGUGUAUUUGCUGUUGUCGCUGCAAAAAAUUAUCGAAGUGUUGUAAAUUGGUAUUUUUAUAAUACAGAAAGUACAAAUAUUGAAGAUGGUUUUAGUCUAAGAUUGAUGAUAAUUUGUUUAUUAAUUCCACUUGUUAUGUUAUCAUGGAUACCAGAUUUAAAAAAUCUCGUUCCAAUUUCAAUGAUUGCCAAUAUUUCAAUGAUAACAAGUGUAGUUAUUAUAUUUUAUUGGAUAUUUUGUCAUUUUGCAAGUGGCACAUAUGAUUCAAGUAAAUUUGUAUAUUAUCCUUCAACAUUUCAAGAAUUUAUUGACAAAUUUCCAAAAUGCUUUAGUAUAAUUAUCUUUGCCAUGGAGUCAAUUGGUGUUAUAAUGCCAAUUGAAAAUAAAAUGAAAACACCCAAGAAAUUCAUUGGUACAUUUGGAGUUCUUAAUUUAGGCAUGACUGGAAUUACUGUGAUGUAUGUUGUCAUUGGAGUUGUGGGGUAUAUGAACAAUCCAAAUUCAACAGAAGACAUGAUUGUUCUUGAAAUAUCAUCAAAAGAACCAAUAUCUCAUGUUUUAAAAAUACUAGUGGGAACAUCAGUGAUAUGCACAUGUCGUUUAUUAUUUAGUGUUUGUCUUGAAAUUGCUGAAAAUUGGAUGGAAAAUUUUCAAGCUAAAAAAUCAACACUGAUAGAUUAUACACUGAGAACAAUGAUGAUGACAACAUGUGUUUUAUUGGCUGUUGCUGUACCAGCAAUAUCACCAUUCAUGUCACUGAUUGGAGCAUUUUGUUUUUCAAUUCAAGGUUUUAUAUUACCAGUUAUUCUUGAAACAAUAACAGUAUGGAAUUUUGGUUUUGGUUUUUGUAAAUGGAUUGCAAUUAAAAAUAUAAUUAUUGUUGUUGUUGCUAUAUUUGCAAUAUUUUAUGGUUCUGCUGAUGCCAUACCAGGCAUCAAAAAGGCUAUAUUUGAAAAUUAAUUAUUAAAAUACGACAAUACUAAAUUUAACUGCUCAAUUAAAAUUUUUGUUUUUUUUUGUAAAAUAAAUUCAAUAAUCAUUUGUUCCAUUGAUGAAUGUAACUAAAAUAAUAAUAAAAAAAAAAAAGAUGAAAUAAUAAAA